CGGUGAUCUAACAGCCCUGAAACUUGGGACUGUGGUGGACAGAAACUGGGGUAAAUGUCGGUGAGUUUGUGCGGAGUCACGGUCCUGACAGGCUCGGUGGGAUUAUAUAACCACUAACAGGACGUUUAGCUGCUCCUGCCGACUUUCAGCGGGUCUUUCCUUUCAAACCGACGGAGAUUUCAGGGACACAAAUGGGUGAAAACGAGGAAAAGAGCCCCGAUGGAGUCAGGUAUUACAGACUGUCAGAGAUCGAGGAGCAGAACACGUUCAAAUCCACGUGGAUCAUCAUUAACAACAAAGUCUACGAUGUCACCAAGUUUCUGGAGGAGCACCCGGGAGGAGAGGAGGUGCUGAGGGAGCAGGCGGGAGGAGACGCCUCCGAGAGCUUCGAGGACGUCGGACACUCCAGCGACGCCAGAGAGAUGGCCGGCACCAUGGUGAUAGGAGAGCUGCACCCGGACGACAGAGACAAGAUCGCCACGCAAGAGGAAACACAUGUGACCACUCUGAAGGACGAGCCCAGUUGGUGGUCUAACUGGUUGAUUCCCGUUCUGGUAGCUUCCAUCGUUACGCUGUUGUACCGCAUCUACACCGCAGAGAGUGAGUGACAUCAUCAGACAUGCAGCUGUGAUGUCAUCAACAGGCACUACAGUCAAAUGCCCCAACUUCUGAUUGACAGCUGCACCAGCCAAUGGCAGCGUAGACUGGCUGCUGCAGACCAACAACCAUCUGAUCAGUGGAUUAAAAACAUCUGUUCUAGGAUAACUCUACGCUGCCCCUCUCCUGUCACAGCACUACAAUACCCAAGGUUCAUUUCAUGCUGUUUAACCAACCAAUCACAUGGCAUUAUGUUAAUGAAGUCAUUCACGUCGUUGAAUUCAGUGUGACAUUUUGAAAUAUGGAUGUUUUAUACAAUCUUUAUGAUUUAAAAUCUUGUAGAAACGCAGUGAAUGUAUAAUUUGUUGUAUCUUUUUAUGUCUUUGUAACCGAACGUAAAUGAGUUUAUAUAAAUGCAAUCAGCAGCAGAGCAUCAUGCUGUCAUCACACUACAGUCAUGUGACUGUGCUCGGAUCCUUAAUGCAGAUUAUCAUAACAUGAAAUACUGAUUACGAAUGAAGAAAAUGUUUGAAGUUUGACCUCCUGUCACGGGUCGCAGGUUGUGAGCUGUUCGACGAAAGGGGGAGUUCUGCUCAUCUGUCUGUUCAUUUGAAUAUUUUUUAUAGGCCUGAAGAGGUAAAACUUUCCAGUAAUUAUUAGAAUAAAAUCUUAACAAAAUACACCAAAAUUUGUGCAGCAGA